UGCAAAUGCAAAAAUUGCAAAUAACUAAAAAGUUGAAUAUUCAUAGAAAUAAUAAACAAUAAUUUGUAAAACUCAAGUGCUAGCAAUUGAAAUGUAUUAAAUGUUUAAGUUUUGUUAUCUAGUUGGAUUAAAAUAAUUGGAAACAGUUAGAAAUUGUUGGAAUUCUUGAAGUACUUGGAUUGCUCGGAAGAUGCUGCCGCCACGUGAGCAUUUGGAUCUGGAAUGCUUCAUUGUGACGAAGCAUUCGUGGAAGGGCAAAUAUAAGCGCAUAUUAUCCAUCGGCACCAGCGGCAUUUCCACCUACAAUCCAGACAAAUUUGAUCUAACCAAUCGCUGGACCUACUCAGACAUCGUAGCCGCCGCACCCACCAAGACCACAAAUAUUCCCAAUGAGUUUGUGCUAACAAUAAAGAAGGAUAAAAAGCUGGAUUCGAUCAAGCUCUCUUCGGAGUAUCGCAACGAUAUACUCAGCUCGAUAUUGAAAUAUUACAGGGAAUUCGCGGACAAGCCCAAAAAUGCACUCCGCUUCAAUGCUUAUAAAUAUCAUUGGUCGGGCAUUAGUUUGCCCACUGUGCUGGAGGUCACGCCCUGCUCCUUGGAUCAGUUGGAUCCCACAACAAACGAUGUGCUCACUAGCUACAUGUACAAGGAUAUUGAAGGAAUAAUAGCAGGCAUCUCGGACUAUGACAAUGGCAUCGUGAUGGCCUACGGCGGCUUCAGUCGCCUGCACAUGUUCAAGGCGCUCAAUCACCAUGAGAUCGUGCAGAACAUUGUCCAACGCUCAUCGCAAUUCCUCGGCAUCGAAACCAAAAUACUCAAAAGUCAAAUAACUUGCGAGCAGUUCGAAAGGCAGCGAUUCGGCAAGUACAGUGGUGAUCAGUUCCAGACCUCGAUGACAGAGUUCACAGUGCAAAAGAUAACGCCCAGGCACCCGGAUCCAGUCAAGCGCAUACUCUGCCUCACGGAGGUCACGCUCUUGGAGCGCGAUCCGCAGACCUACAGCGUGUGCACGCUGCGACCCCUCGCUGAUGUUUUUGCCCUGGUGCGCGAUAAGGACAAUCUGCAACGAUUCUGCAUUGAGUAUAAAAACGGCAUCGUGCGUAGCUACAGCACCAACGAUCGAGACUCUCUGUUGGCCACUGUGCUGGACGCCGUGCGCUCGAGUGGCAAUCAGGAUGUCCACAUACGCAUUGGCAACACGCCGAGGGGCAAGCGCUACGUGCCGCUCAACAGCUCUGUGGAUGAGGAGACCGAAGCGAAUCUGUUGCGUUUGGUUAUCAACAAUUUCCAGAAUCCAAGCAAGCGCCACGAGAUACUCGAACGCUUCAAUGCGAACGUGCCGCACAGUGGACUCAACUACAGUGUUACUCAGGAUAGCUUAUUCGCGGAGAACAAGGAGAAGCUUAUAAUGAGCGCUCUACAGGCUUUGGCUCAGAAGGAACUGGACAGUCCCACGGCUCAGCUGAGCAACACGGAGCUGGAGGCGAUAUUCCAUGCGCUAACGCGCCUGCUGGCCAGCAAAGUGGGCUACGCGGCGUUUACCAAUCUGCCCGGCUUUCGUGAGAUAAUUGGCACCAAGAUUGUCGCUGCGCUGCGACGCAAAGACUUGGCUGUCACCUACUCAGCGAUCGAUAUGAUUAACUCUCUGAUGCAUUCGGUGAAUACGGAUCACGACUUGAAGCAGGAGCAGCUGAACAAAUCUUCCAUUUUGUCAUCGAAAUCUUUUCUUGAAACGUUGCUCAAUAUGUGGACCAUGCAUGUGAGUCAUGGCAGCGGCGCAUUGGUUUUGUCGGCGAUGCUGGACUUCAUGACCUUCGCUCUGUGCGUGCCUUACAGCGAGACCACAGAUGGCAAGCAGUUUGAUAUACUGCUCGAGCUGGUGGCCGAGCGGGGCAGAUCUUUGUAUAAGCUCUUUCAGCAUCCAUCACUGGCAAUUGUCAAAGGAGCCGGCUUGGUGCUGCGCGCAAUUAUCGAGGAGGGGGAGCUGCAUGUGGCACAGCAAAUGCAGGCGCUGGCUUUGGAUGAGGCAGCUCUGUGUCGUCAUCUAUUGGUUGCGCUCUAUACGCCCUCGAAUGAUCCCACUCUGACAACGCAUCGUCAGCUAUCGAGGCAUUUGAUUGGCCUCUGGCUGACAGACAGCGACGAGGCAAUGGAAUUGUUCAAACGCAUUUUUCCCGCUGGCUUGCUGACCUUUCUGGAGACAGAGGAGAGUGUGCCAGAGACGGAUGUGGAGGAGGAUAAACUCAACUUUCGCGACAAUCUCAAAUUUGCAAUUCAACAUUCCAAGAAGACUCGCAAAAAUGUGAUAGAGAAGCAUUUGCAGGGUAUUAAGCAUUGGGGCAUGAACCUCAUCGAGCAGCAGGAUGGAGCUGCCCAAGCCUUAAAGAAUCGUCCCGUAGUGCUGCGGAAUCGCAGGCAGAAGAAGAAAACCUCAGAUGCAAUCGUUAACUUGCCCUACUUCUUCUACAAUUUUGCCAAAGAUCACAGCUUGCCCAACUUGAUAUGGAAUCAUAAGACUCGCGAGGAGCUGCGCAUGUGUCUGGAGAACGAGUUGAGGCAGUUCCUCAACGAUCGCGACUUGGCUGGUAACAUGAUCGUGGCCUGGAACUAUCAGGAAUUCGAGGUGGGCUACCAAUGCCUCGCAGAGGAAAUCAAGAUAGGCGACUACUACAUAAGACUCAUACUGGAGAAGGAUGAUUGGCCACAGAACUUGGUCAAGGACCCCGUCGAGCUGUUCAAUGCUCUGUACCGACGAGUGCUUUGCCGGCAGCGCGUCAAUGAUGACCAGAUGACCGUCUUUUCGCUGCAGGCCCUGGCCAAGGUCUAUAGACGCUAUCACAAGGAGAUUGGCAAGUUUAGCGAUAUGUCCUACAUUCUACAGCUCAGCGAUCGGUGCCUGUCUCCAUCCAUGCGCGAUGCUCUGAUCAAUCUGAUAUCCUGCCUGGUGCUGGAAAAGUCCAAUUGCCGCGCUCUGAUUGAUCAUGUGCAGUGCUUGGUGGAUUUAAUCACCUUGGCUCACCUGCACAAGGGCCGCGCACAGCUGAACACCAAAACGAAUGUGAUCGAAGCGGGCCCCAAUAUGUCGGCCUAUGAGGAGAAGGAUUGGUACUACAACAUCGAGAAGGAUGGUCAAAAGGCGGAGCGUCAAGGCCCGAUUACCUACUCGGAGCUCAAAGAGCUCUGGCAAAAGGGCCUGAUAACGCCGAAGACUCGCUGCUGGGCCAUUGGCAUGGAUGGCUGGCGUUCGCUGCAGCAGAUCCCGCAGCUCAAAUGGUGUCUGAUAGCCAAGGGAACGCCGCUCUAUGACGAAACGGAGCUGUCAUCCAAAAUACUCGACAUACUGAUCAAGUGCACCAGCUUCUUUCCCAGCCGCACUCAGAAUGGCGUCGCUGUUCUAAUUCCUGGACCCAAGCUGUCGAGGAAGCUCUCGGAAUUCAUUUGCCUACCCCAUGUGGUGCAGGUGUGCCUGACCCACGAUCCAGGCUUGCUGGAGCGCGUGGCCACGCUCCUCUGCCAGAUCAUGGAGGAUAAUCCAGAGAUGCCGAAGGUGUACAUGACCGGCGUCUUCUACUUCAUGCUCAUGUACACGGGCAGCAAUAUUUUGCCCAUAACGCGAUUCCUAAAGAUGACGCACAUGAAGCAGGGCUUUCGCAGCGAAGAGACCUCUCAGUCGGGCAUUAUGCAUCGCAGCAUUCUCGGACAGCUGCUGCCGGAGGCAAUGGUCUGUUUCCUUGAAAAUUACAGCGCCGAAAAGUUUGCCGAAAUAUUUCUCGGGGAAUUCGAUACACCCGAGGUUAUUUGGAGUUCGGAGAUGCGUCGGCUGCUCAUCGAAAAGAUCGCCGCUCAUAUUGCCGACUUCACGCCACGCUUGCGUGGCCAUACGAUGGCGCGUUAUCCUUACCUGGCCAUACCUGUCAUCAGCUAUCCGCAGCUGGAGCAUGAGCUCUUCUGUCACAUUUACUACCUGCGCCACCUGUGCGACACUCAGAAGUUUCCCAACUGGCCCAUUUCGGAUCCGGUGCAGUUGCUCAAGCACACGCUGGAUGCUUGGCGCAAGGAGGUGGAAAAGAAACCGCCACAGAUGACCAUACAGCAGGCCUACCAGGAUCUGGGCAUCGAUCUGAACAAGAUGCCCAAGCCAGAUGAGUCCUUGAUACGCAAGAGCUACUAUAAGCUGGCACAAAUGUAUCAUCCGGACAAGAAUCCCAAUGGCCGUGAGAUCUUCGAGAAGGUCAAUCAAGCUUAUGAGUUCUUGUGCUCGCGCUCCGUUUGGAGCUCGGGCGGUCCAGAUCCCAAUAACAUAGUGCUUAUACUGCGCACCCAAAGCAUUCUCUUCGAGCGCUAUGCCGAUGUGCUGCGUCCUUACAAGUACGCGGGCUACCCACAGCUGAUCAAGACCAUACGCUUGGAGACCCGCGACGACGAGCUGUUCUCUAAGGAGGCGCAACUUUUGACAGCUGCCUCGGAGCUUUGCUACCACACGGUCCACUGCUCGGCCUUGAAUGCCGAAGAGCUGCGCCGCGAGGAGGGCAUCGAGGCGCUUCUGGAGGCCUACACGCGCUGCGUCUCCAUCUUGGGCGUCGACUCGAAGCCAGAGUCAUUGCACUAUCAGGUCAUAUCGAAUGUGACGCGUUGCUUCGAGGUCGCCUGCAACUUUGAGAAGUGCAAGCAGAAGAUCAUACAGCUGCCGCAGCUGUUGUCCGACGUCUGCCGCGUGGUCUACUUCAAGCAUACGCUCUCAGUGAGCCUGGUGACCAGCCUGGCGGCCAACAACUAUGAUCUGCAGUGCAAUCUGUCACGCAAUGGUGUGCUCUGGUCGCUGCUGCUAUUCAUGUUCGAGUACGACUACACGCUGGACGAGAGCGGAGUGGAAGUGAGCGACAAAACCAAUCAGCAGCAGCUGGCCAAUAAUUUGGCUAAGAUGGCUGUGCUUGGCUGCAUAGCUCUGGCUGGCUACAGCAUGGAGUUGCGCAACAAGCCACUCACUGGCAGCGAAUCCAACUCGCCGGCCAAUCCGACUGCCAAGCCAGCAGUGCCUGCCACUAAACCAAAGCCUUCCGCCUCCACCACCAACUCGGCUUACAUGCAAAAUGCGCAUAAUCCCUUGCAGAGCAAACAGCUGGCCAUUACAGCGGGCAAGGAGAAGGAGUCGCCAGCGAUGCUCACCAAGCAGGAUUCGAGUGUUAGCAGCGAUACGAACAGCUCCACAGACAGCGAACAGCAACACCAGCAGCAGCAGCAGCAACAGCAGAACUCCAUUCAACAAAAGUACAUUGUGUCUGGCGAGGCGAAGAAUAUGUUGAUUCGGCAGGUGCUGGACCGGCUGCUCACACGUUACAUUGCCAAUCAGCUGGCGACGGCAAGGGACAGUGAUGUGCUGAAGCUCUUGACGGCCAAUACGCGUAAUCCCUAUCUCAUCUGGGAUAAUGCAACGCGCGCACAGCUAAAGGACUUUCUCGAGCAGCAGCGCCUGGCCUCGGCCAAGGAGACGCACGAGGACAUUGCACAGGUCUACGAGCUGGUCUCCAGCUUCGAAUUCGAUGCGCACAAGGAUGAGCUGCAAAUAGGAGGCAUCUUCAUACGAAUCUACAACGAUAUGCCCACGCAUCCGAUUGCGCAGCCCAAGCAGUUUAUUAUGGAUCUGCUGGAGUACUUAAAGCAUGCCUAUCAAUUCCUGCAGUUCAAGCAGCUGCCACCGAAAGCGGCUGCAGCAGUAGCGCCAGCAGGACCCAAAAUGGGCAGCGAUGGCAUCUUAACGCCCACCCUGGCACCCAAUCAUCCUCAGCUCCAGCAGCAACAGCAGCUGGAGGCCAAGACUGGCGGCACCUUUGACGAGGUGCUGACUGCCUACAAUCGCUCCAAGAGUCGCAAGAAGCUGGAGACGGACGCACAGGUGGAGCGACAGCUCUCGCUGCAACAGGCCCAAUAUGAUUAUGCCAGCGACGCGCAAUUGGAGCUGCACAUUACGAUGGUGCUGCGUGCCCUGAUCGCCGUUAUCAAAACGAAUGCCGAGGUGGAGAUCCAAUGCAUUGGCAAUUUCGAUAUGAUCUUUGGCUUUCUGGCCAACAAUAUAUUCGCAGAUAGUUCCAGUGUGAAGGCUGUUGCGUUGGAGGUCGUUGCUCUGGUCUCUCGCAACAAGGAGUGCGUCUCGGAAGUAGCCGCCUGUGAGAUACUGGGCAACUAUUUGGUGGCGCUCAAGGACCCAGAGCUGCGUGCCAGCCAGGUGAAAGUGCUCGAGACUCUCUCUGGCUUGAUGAACGUCCAGGAGAUGAUCAAAGAGGCGCAGACGAAGGGUGCUGUCAUCUAUUUGCUGGACAUGUUCUGCAAUUCACGUAAUCCACAGAUACGCGAAAUGUGCGCCGAGAUCUUGGCGAAAAUGACAGCCGACCGUCUGAGUGGGCCCAAGGUGCGGAUCACCAUAUCCAAGUUCUUACCUGGACUCUUCAUCGAUGCCAUGAUCGAGUCGGCGCCGACCUCUGUGCAACUCUUCGAGUCCAUACACGAGCAUCCGGAGUUGAUUUGGAAUGAUGAUACUCGUUCGAGUGUCUGCGAAGCUGUGGCAGAGACUUGCAAACGAUUCUACCAGCACCAAAAGACAAAUGCGAGGCACUUGUGGAAGGAUCCGGAAAUGCUGAAGGAUCUGAUGUCUAACGAAAUCGUUGUUGCCGGCGUCUACUUGCGCUUGUUCGUCAGCAAUCCAGCUUGGACGUUGCGCAAGCCCAAACAAUUUCUGUCCGAUCUCUUGGACUUUGUUGUGGAACAAACCAGCAAGAGCUCCACGGAACAGGAUGUAUUGGACUUGUCUACGACGGCACUCGUGGAGCUACUACGCUCACAGCCUAAUCUAGCGGAUGAAAUUCCCGUACUGGGCCACAUACCGAAGCUCUUCAAUCUGCUCUCCGUGCAGCCAAAGAACACGCUAUCAGUAUUACAUCAGCUGUCGCUAUCGGAGUUCUGCGUGAGCGCCAUAUCGCAAACGGAAUGCAUUGCGCCACUAAAGCGUUGCAUGGAACAAAAUAGGGACUGCAUUGAGAAGUCCUGUGAGGCGUUGAGUCGACUCUUCAAGCAUCAGCAUGACUCUCUGAUCAGCCAGUCCCUGGAGGUAGGUCUCAUACCUUUUCUGUUGGGUCUCUUGGACAGCCGCUUGGAAUUUGUGGACAAUGCAUCCGCGGUCAAGGCACAAAUUGUCGCUGCGCUCAAGGGCAUGACCCACAAUCUCAAUUAUGGCGAUCGAGUCACGCAAAUCUUGGUCAAGCAUCCCGUCUGGGCGGAGUUCAAGGAUCAGCGACAUGAUCUCUUCAUUACAGACACCAAUAUACGUGGCUACUUAACAGGAAUUAAUCCAACGGCUGGCUACUUGACCGCCGGACCAGCGCAAAACGUUGAAGUGCUUACCUCGCCGCCGCCCAUUGAUCGCGAUGAUCCGUCGGCACGUCAACAAAUUGAUUAGCGUCUCCUCAUCUGCCUCAUCAGCCACACGAAAGCCAAGCCUAACUUAUGAAUGGUGCAGACGGUUUCCCUUUUCGAUGGGGAAAUUUAAACAGAUUUUCUUUAUUGUAUUAAAAGUUUUUUACACGCAGUAGUGAGACGUGGCUGUCAGCAAUCAAACGAAGCAAAACAAAACAAAACAAAACAUAACAUAUUAACAAAUCUGUAACAAAGUCUAUGAAACGUUUAAUUUUUUAUAUUUAUAUAAAUUGUAUAAAUAGUAAUUAGCGAAUACACA